AUGACGGAUGCUGCUUCCACUAUGAAUGUGCAUGCUCUCAUUGUAACAUACGGGUCCUACAGGGUAGUUUUGACUCAGUUGAAGACUGCAGGAACAGCAGCUAUCGUCGUGGUGUAUGUCAAUCAGAAACGUAUCUAUCCUGCCUACGAAAAUGCUGUCCUACGCCUCACAGGCACAGAUAUGGUGAUCACAUUGGAGAUACCCGAGAUCAACGCCAAAGUGGUCUAUAGGGCCUCCUCAUUCAGCAUUGACCUUCCUUAUUCCUCCUUUGGUGGAAACACUGAGGGACAGUGUGGGACCUGUGACAACUCCCAGAACAACGACUGUCGUUCUCCAAACGGCCAGGUGGAAAGCUGCUCACACACUGCGGGCCAAUGGCAUGUCCCAGACACCCUGCGUCACCCCCCGCCCCCAACGACUACCACCACCACUUCAGAACCACCUGUCUCGACAACAAAGCCUGCUUGCAAACCUGCCAUCUGUGAUAUCCUAACCAGCAGUGUUUUCGCACCAUGCCAUACAGUCAUACCCCCGGGACCAUUUGUGACAUCCUGUACAUCCGACAUUUGCAACAGUGGCAAUGCCACAGGCUGCACCAGCCUGGAGGCCUAUGCCACUCAGUGCUCUGAUGCAGGAGUCUGUAUCGACUGGAGGAAUGCAACCAAUGGCCAGUGUGAGCACAAGUGUCCAAAUAACAAGGUGUACAUGGCCUGUGGCGCCUCUGUAGCGCCUACAUGCAAUGACAGAUACAACCGAAAGUUCCAGGCAGACAGCGAGGCAUCCUCUAACAACACUAUGGAGGGCUGCUUCUGUCCUCAUGGCACCAUCUUAUUCAACACAGUCUAUGACACAUGCGUUGCCUCCUGCGGUUGCGUUGGACCCGAUGGACAACCCAAACAGCCUGGUGACACGUGGACAAGCGGCUGCAACACCUGUAUGUGUGACAAGGAUUCCAUGAGCAUCCAGUGUCAGCCUGUCCAAUGCCCAACAAUACAGAGUCCCAGCUGCAGCGAACCUGGCCAGCAGCUGGUCAACAAGACAGAUGUCUGCUGCACAACCCAGUCUUGUGAGUGCAACGUUAACCUGUGUCCCACUCCUGUCGCCUGCCCGCUGGGGUUCCAACUCGCUUUCACCAACGGCACCUGCUGCCAAUCCUACGAGUGUGCCUGGUUCCAAGAUACCAACGCCAGAAACACCAUCAGAACCCCAACUAGAGGCACCAACAACACCAGAACAACCAUCAGGACCCCAACUACAGGCACAAACAACACCAGAACAACCAUCAGGAGCCGGAGAAACAACAUCUGGACCUGUAACUGA